UUUGAAUUAUUCCGCCAUAAACCCUAACACCAAGAGAACACUCUUCACAAUGCCUUCUCUGCUGCAAAACGAUGACGCUUACAAAGAUCUUAGCUCUGACGAUGACGACGACGAUGGUUUCGACGAUGAUAUCGAAGCCCUUAGGCGCGCAUGCACUCUCGCUGGCACCAAUCUCAGCGACCUCAACAUUGAAAACGGCGAGAAUAAUACUCGCUAUCCCUCUGCAGAAGUUGAUAGGGAGUCAUCUGGUGGCGAGGGCGACGAGGAUGAAGAUGAUUUCAAAUUGUUCAGAAACAUAAAGAAUCGUUUCUUGAUGGGGACUGAUUUGGGGGAGCCUUUCUAUUUAAAGCCUAUUUGUGCUAUUCCAUUUGAUUUGGACGAUGAGGAGGAUGACUUCGAGACUCUUUGCGCUGUUAGGAAGCGUUUUGUCGCUUAUGAUAACAGUGAUAUUUCGGAAAGAAGAUUGGAGAACGUGGCUGAUAAAUCAGAGGGUGUUGAUGCAUCUAGUGCUGUCUCGGAGUUGGUAACUUCUGAUGAUUCAAUAAUUGGUAGGAGGGCCUGUAAAGUGUUUCCGGAUACUGAAGAAAGCUUAAAUAGCACCUUAAUAAGUGAUAGUAUGGAGAUACAGCCAUCUGGCUAUAUUGAGCAGCAGACUCUGUUGGAUGCUUGUAAGUUUUCAUCUUUGGGGCUAAAAGAUUCUUCUAACUUCCCGAAGUCAGCACAAGUAUUUGUUGAUGCAAUUAAGAAGAAUAGGUCCUGUCAGAAGUUCCUGCGAAGUAAGUUGGCUCAAAUUGAAGCGAGAAUAGAGGAGAAUAAGAAAUUGAAAGAGCGUGUUAAAAUUCUAAGAGACUUUCAGGCUUCAUGCAAAAAAAUUACCGGACGAGCUCUUGCACAACGGAAGGAUCCUCGUAUCCAGUUAAUAUCAACACCAAGGAUAUCAAAUUCUAGAGAUUCUAAGGUCAAUGAUAAAAAGGUCUCUGCUAUGCAUACUGGUCCACUGGAGAAUUCUCAUGUUGCUAAUUAUCGAAUGGCUUUGACAAAUUUUCCUCUUCAUUUAAGUCGAAAAAAAUGGACAGAGGCAGAAAGGGAAAAUCUUAGGAAGGGGAUUAGGCAACAAUUUCAAGAAAUGGUGCUACAAUUUUCAGUGGAUGAAUUCAGUGGUUUAGAAGGAUCUCCUGGAAAUGUGAAUGAUUUAGAUGCAAUUCUCGCAUCAAUUAGAGAGAUGGAAAUUACCCCAGAAAGGAUUAGAGAAUUUCUUCCUAAGGUUAAUUGGGAUCAAUUGGCUUCCUUGUACGUUGUUGGUCGCACUGGUGCAGAAUGUGAAGCACAGUGGUUGAAUAGUGAAGAUCCAUUAAUCAAUCACAAUAAAUGGACUGCUGAAGAGGAUAAAAAGCUAUUGUUUAUUGUCCAGGAAAAAGGGAUGACAAAUUGGUUUAAUAUAGCAGUUUCAUUGGGGACGAAUAGGACUCCAUUUCAGUGCUUGGCACGUUUCCAAAGGAGUUUAAAUGCUCACAUAAUAAGGAAGGAGUGGACGGAGGAAGAGGACGCUCAACUUCACAAUGCUGUAGGAAUCUAUGGUGAACACGAUUGGCAGUCUGUGGCUUCCACUUUGGAAGGACGGACUGGUACUCAAUGCUCGAAUAGAUGGAAGAAAUCCAUACAUCCAGACAAGGGCAGGAAAGGGAGAUGGACCUUGGAUGAAAGAAAGCGCCUGAAAGUAGCUGUCAUGCUUUUUGGUCCAAAGAACUGGAACAAAAUAGCUCGAUUUGUGCCAGAGCGAACUGCUACACAAUGUAGGGAAAGAUGGGUUAAUAGUGAAGAUCCUUCUUUGAAUAUGGACCAAUGGACUGAAGAAGAGGAUACAAGGCUAAAAGCAGCAAUUGAAGAAUAUGGAUAUUGCUGGGCCAAGAUUGCUAAAUGUCUCCCACCACGUACAGAUAGCCAAUGUAGGAGGAGAUGGAAGGUGUUACUUCCUCAUGAGGUCCCUUUGCUACAAGCAGCAAGAAAAACACAGAAAGUUGCAAUUAUAGGUAACUUUGUGGACCGUGAAUCAGAACGCCCUGCACUUGGUCCUCAUGAUUUUGUUCCAUCAUCAAUGAUAACCUCAGUAUCUGGAUCUGAAAAAACAAGUCAAUCCAGGAAGCGAAAAAGGAAAACCAGAGAAGGGGGAGUUUCUGGAAAGGAAACAAAUGCUGCAGCCAGCAAUAUGCAGGACCCUGGGGUGACUAAUGGCAUUGAAGUUGAGAAAUGGAUAAAAUCUUCUUCAGAAAAGAAUUGUCUUAUGAAACCAUCACAAGAUGUAAUUGGUGACGAAGGUGGUGAUAUUAGAAAGAAGAGAAAACUUCCUAAAUUACAUCUGAAAAGAAAUAUGCUUUUUGAAACCUACGGCAAUAGACACCCUGAAUGCUUGGAAUUAGGGAUGACAAAUGUAGAUGGUUUGAAGACCUCUGGUCGGGAAAGUGGAACACCAAGUGAGGAAAUACGAGAUCAAGAACAGCAUUCUGAUUCAAACGUGUGUACUAGCACGGGUGAAGAAGAGAGAUCCAUUGCUAUAACUAAUGUCACUGAAUUGGAUCAUGAUCAUCAGGUUUCAAAUGUCUUGGUAAUAAACGAUGAUCAUGGUGAAACAGUUGGUCAGCCUGAUGUUUCCAGCAAGGAUGUCACCAAUCUGUCCUUGAAAGGGAAGGCACUGAUGGAAAUUGAAUCGAGGGUAGAUAAUGGUGAAGGUGUUGGUAAGUCUUCUUUGGAUGGCAUCUCGUUGAUUAAGGCCAGAAAGACUCCGCAUUGCAUGAGCAAAAGCCGCACUGAACUAUCAGGGCAAUGCAAUUACGUUGAGUCAAUUCCUUGUCAGCAUGAUGGGCAUAGAAAGCCAAAACUGAGCAAAUCUCGUUCUAAGCAUGUUUUAGAAAUGAAUGAUGAGGAUGAUGGUAUGCUUGCUUCCUUUUGUCAAAAUACAGCAAAGAAGAGAAGGCUUCAAGUUGUUAAAAAUGCAGAUAAGAAAUCUUGUAAUAAGCAGGUUUUAGAGACAAAUGAUGAGGAUGAUGUUACACUUGCUUCCUUUUGCCAAAGUAUAUCAAAGAAGAAAAGGCUUCAGGUUGUUAAAAAUCUAGAUCAGACUUCCCCUCCUUUGUACAUGGGGUCUGAUUCGGUGUCCAAAAGAGUAGAUCAACAUAAUGAUCACAAUAAAAGGUCAUCCCUCGUGAAAGAUGGUGAAGUUCAGACACACUGCAGUGGUGGAUUGGCAGAAAAUGUUUUGUCAGAUGAACCCAAUAUGGUAGACAUGGCCAAUUGUUGGACAGAUGCUCCACAGGAGCCAAUGAGACAACCGAUCGAUCAUGAUGAUGAUCUUGAGACUAGUGACAUUACCCUUGCUAGCUUAUUGCACGACAAACAGCAAAAGAGGGGUCAAGUUUUCACUAGAAGUGGUGGACAGCCUAACAAUCUUCCCCGUGUGAAAAAGAGAUCAAGGUCGCUGGCCAAGGGAGUAAAGCAAUGCUGCAACGGUAGAUCAUCAAAAACUCUAUCAUGUUGUGAAAUACAGUCAAGUGGUACAAGUAGUAUGCCAACCAAUCCUUGUCACCUGGUUAUGGAAUCUGUCAGUACAAGUGUUGGAGUUCAUGAGGACACUGAGGUCCUCCCACCAGGGCUUUGAGGAACCUAUGUAUAGAGAUAUUCAUGCAGCUCAAAGAGGGCUGAAGUCUGAAUUUUGGGAGGUAUGAUUUUUUUCAAUAGAUGCCGAGGCUUGUGAAUUUUUUGCAAAUAGAGUUAAAUAGGCUUCCUUAUUGAGAGAGAGAGAGAGAGAGUGUGUUGGGAAAUAUAGAGGAAAGAAGUCAGAUUUAUCACCUGAAAUGAGGGAUUUUGCUGAAAUUGUAUGUACAUUUUUGCCCUUCAUAAGAUUCUUACUUCUUUCCUCC